AUGGUUGAAGAAGAAAAGAAGAGACUCUCGGUUGAGUCCCUUCGUUCGGGCCAACAGCAGAAGCUCGAUGCUUUUGACUUGGCGGAUAUGGGCCACGCCCAAGAACUCCCUCGUCAGUUUAGCAUGUGGAGUAUGUUGGCUCUGGCAUUUAGUGUUCUUGGAACUUGGGCCACCUUCGCUCAAGAUUUGAUGAGUGGUUUACAAAAUGGUGGUUCCAUUGCUAUUCUUUGGGGACUGGCUCUUGUGACUAUCUGUAACAUCUGUGUUGCUGUGUCUCUUGGUGAGCUUUGCUCCAGUAUGCCUACUGCCCUUGGCCAAGCUUAUUGGAUCCACCGUCUUUGGAAUACUCCUGCCGGAAGAUUCUCCUCUUAUAUCUGCGCUUGGAUUAACACCUUCGGAUGGUGGACUCUUACCGCUUCUCAGAUUGCUUUCAUGACCAAUUUUAUUCUUGGCAUCAAGGUCAUGUUCGACAACGACUGGGCUGGCGCUUCGGAGGGUUGGGUCCAGUUCCUUGUUUAUGUUGGAAUCACAGUAGUCUUCACUUUGACCAACGUUCUUGCUUGUCGUAAGGAUAACUUCCUUGCUUGGUUCAACAACGUUGUCGGUAUUCAAUUUACCAUGUUGUUUGUCAUCUUUUCCUUGGCCAUGCUGAUUGCAGUUGGUGUCCACCAUGACAAGCACUUCCAAACUGCUGGAUUUGUUUUUGGCAAGUGGUUGAAUGAGACCGGCUGGCCCGAUGGUGUUGUCUGGUUUACUGGUCUUCUUCAAGCUGCUUAUGGUUUGACUGCUUUUGAUAGUGUCAUCCACAUGGUUGAGGAAAUCCCCUCUCCAAGAGUCAAUGCCCCCAGAGUUAUCUACUUGGCUGUCAUUAUGGGAGCUAUUACUGGUGGUAUUUUUAUGGUUGUGUGUUUGUUCUGCAUUCAAGACCUUGAUUCUAUUCUCAACUCACCCACUGGUCUUCCUUUUAUGCAGUUGCUUACUGACACUGUUGGUGUUCAAGGAGGUGCUGCCUUGUUGUCCAUUUUCGUUUUCAACGGAUUGGGUCAAGGUGUCAGUGUUGCUACUACCGCUUCCAGACUUACCUGGGGUUUUGCUAGAGAUGGUGGAUUGCCAUUCAGUCAGUACUUUGCUCAUGUUGACACUUACUGGCACGUUCCUGCCAGAUCUCUCUGGGCUCAGGGUGUCAUUAUUGCUGUUGUUGGUGUCCUUUACCUCUUUGCAUCUACUGUUUUGGAGGCCAUUCUCAGUGUUAGUACCAUUGCCCUUACCAUUUCAUAUGGUAUGCCCAUUGCUGCAUUAGUCCUUGUUGGUCGUGACAAGCUCACUCCUGGACCCUUCCACUUGGGCAGAUAUGGAAUGUUCUGUAACAUUGUCAGUAUUAUCUAUUGCUGUGUUACCACAGUAUUCUUCUUUUUCCCUGGUGGCCCUGAUCCUGCUCCUGCUGACAUGAAUUACGCUAUUGCUGUAUUCGGUGUCAUGAUGGUUAUUGCCCUUGCCUUCUGGUUCAUCAAGGGUAGAAGAACCUAUCUUUUGACUGAUGAGGCUUUGAUUGAGAUGCUCAGAGCUAGAGAACUCGAGAACAGUGCCAACGAUGCUACUGUUGUUGUAGUUGACGGUCAAGCCCCUGAGAAGAAUUAA